AUGCCACCAUCACAAGAUUCAGCGUCGACGAACGCUCCGAACAAGCGCAAGAAGAUGUCUGGACUCACCGGAUUGGAACUGAGGAUGGCCUACCAAUCGCUCAUCAGCGUCAAAUCAUUCCUGAAGACACUUACCGCAACGAACGAGGUCGGUGCCUCUGACGAUCCGCAGGUGCAAGAGAACUUGAUUACAUUUGAACCGGAUUUUGAGGAAACGCUAACAAAAAUGCUCCACAUGAUGGAGUCGAAGCUCGAUGGGCCCCAGGUUCUUGCCUUCUCUGGCAUGACGGAAGAAGAUCUGUCCAAGUUGAACAUUGCAUAUGGUGGUUCGCUCAAACUGAAAACAGAUUACAAAGUACGGGUGGAUGCGACUGAGGAACUCGGCAAGACUGAGCACUGGUCUUCCGAGGGGCUAUAUCGUCACCUUCGUGUGCUGCAAAAGCUCGUUCCAAGAGUGAAUGAAGCAGCCUCGCGUGCCUGGAUCGAUUCCUUCUUCUUCCGCGCAUCUCAAAUGUUUCACCACCCUUGGAGGAUACACAGACAACACCGCUAUCAGGACAAGCACAUCGGACACAGAAGAUUUUUUGGCCAAGCCACGUCUGAGGAUCCUCCAGGACCUCGAUCAUACGCUUUUUGUUUCAGAAGCCAACACAAGCAAUAG